AAAACUUCUUUUGGUUCGGUCAGAUCAUUCAUCUCAGAAAUUCGUCAUACCGCCAUAUUUCCAUCCAUCAGCAAAUUACCAAGCAAGCUCACGUAAGCCCACCUCAAUCUACAGCUCUAGCAACCCCGCAUUCAUCAUAUCUACAUCAUAUCUAUAUAACCAACAAACUAUUUUUCCUCAUCCCAGAAUUCCCAUCGCUCUUUCCCCUCAAUUGGAUAUCAUACCUCAGUAAAGCUCUAUCAACUUCCCUUAAAACACCAUGAUCGACUUCUCCCUCACCCCCCGCCAAACCGCAAUCCGCUCAUCAGCCCAAGAAUUCGCAACAACAACCCUCCUCAAAUCCUCCUCCCUCACCACCUCCCACCCAGACCCUCUCGCCAAAUUUCAAGCAACCAGUCCCCUCUACGAAGCCGCCACAAAAGCAGGCCUAAUCAAAGCCCAAGUCCCGGAAACUCUCGAUGGCACAGGCGGACCCUUGAUCGAAGCAGCGCUCUGCGCCGAAGAAUUCUAUGCUGUAGAAGCUAGCGUCUCGUUAACGAUUCUGGGUACCGGACUUGGAUUGCUUCCCUUGAUUAUUGAGGGGAGUGACGAGCAGCAUGAGAGGUUUCUGAGGCCUUUUCUAAGCGAGGAGAGGGCCUCGCUGGCAAGUUUGGUGCAUUCUGAGCCGGGGGGUGUGGCAAAUUUCCUGGAGGAGGAGGAGGGUAUGGGGUUGCAGACUGUUGCGAGGAAGGAAGGGGAUGAGUGGGUGAUUAAUGGGGAGAAGGUGAGUUGAGCGAAUUUUAUCAUGCUAUGAAAUCUACUUUUCGGAGCUUCUGUAACGUUUGAUAGAGUGUAAUGUAGCUAAGUGUUAACAGUUUUCCUCGAGUAUAUAUGGGCCACAAACUGUGCAGGGUGGGACGAACACGGAGCAGACCUCAAAUCUGUAACCUGUCGAAUACAAGGCGGCCCACCAAGCGAAGUCGCUAUCCUCAUCGUCACUCGAGAAGACAUCGCCAAAGAUCCAGAAUCUUACAAAGUACUCAAACACACAGAAACAAUCGGCCACAACGCAACUUCAGGACCGCACGUAAAAUUUACCAACCUCCGAGUACCCGCAGUCAAUUUACUCGCAGCGCCAGGUCAAGGCGCAGCUGUAAUUGAAAAGGCUUUCACUUUCUCAGCUGCUCUAGUUGGAGCCAUCUCAGUAGGUGUAAUGAGAAGAACUUUCGACCUCGCUCUCUCGUUCGCGAAGAAGGAUUCCAGGAACGGGAAAGUACCGAUUAUCGAGCGACAAAGUGUCGCUGAUCUCCUCAUAGACAUCAAGAUGCAAUGUGAAGCGAGUCGAGCAUUGACUUGGAAAGCAUGCGUGGGACUGAAGAAAAACGAGAAUACUGCUGAGUUGGCCUAUGAGACGAAGAUUUUCUGCUCGGAUAGCGCUGUGAAAUGUGUUGUUGAUGCUAUGAAUGUGGUUGGGAUGUAGGUGUUCGCAUUUCAUGUGUUUCUGGCGCUUUGAAAGUGAGGUCCUCAGCUGACUGGGGGGUAUAGAUCUUCGUAUGAUGCGGACUUGACAUGGGGAGAGCUGUUGAAUACGGCGAUAUGUUUGCCACUUUUUGAUGGUGAUAAUGUUGGCGUUCGAAGGAGACAGGUGGAGCGAAUCUUCACUUCUCCUGAUUAUGAACCUUGGGCAUCGACCUUUGGUUCAAACGAGAAUGAGUAAGAUCAUAUCCCGGUGCCACAAAGGAUUGUAAUACCUUUACUCAGGGUUCACUUUUGUACAGUGGCGGUCGAAAGAGUUUGGGCUUUAUCAAAAGUCGAUAGACAAUCAACAGUGGUAGCCAAAAUACGUGAC